AUGAAUUCCAUGAACGAGAUCAACAAGCAGAAGCGCCUGCGGGACGCUGCGCAGAUGGCCUCGGAGGCGGAGAAGAUCCGCGUCGUCAAGAAGGCCGAGGCCGACCGCGACGCCGCCAUGCUGCAGGGCGAGGGCAUCGCCAGGCCCGCGCGGGGGCAGGGGGGCCUCAGGAGGGCCGUCACCGGCUCGGAGGGCUCGCCCGCGGACGCGCUGAGCGCCGACAGGAUGAUCUGA